AUGCCGACUACCGACGGCGAAAUUGUUGGUUUGCUCGCCGAAAGCUGGAUCCCAAACGACACGUUGACGGAAUGGCGGUUCAAAAUUCGCUCGGGUGUCUUAUUCCACGAUGGCAGCCCUUUGACCGCGGAGACAGUCGCUGCCAAUCUGACCAAAUUCCAGGAGCAAAGCUCCUUGCGAACCGCCCCAGUUACGAACAUCGCUUUCGAAGGUGACGAAGUCGUCGUUAAGCUUGAUCGUCCGUAUUCCAUCUUGCCCGCGGUUCUGGCGGACUGGAACACCGGGAUUGUUUCUGCAGCGAACCUGACUGAUGAGACAGGCGACAGCGUCGCGGGAACCGGACCAUUUUCUGUUACCGAUGCUUCCGACCCGACAAUGCUGAAGCUAUCGGCGAAUGAUGAUUACUGGGGCAAGAAGGCGACGAUCGGCAAGGUCGAGUACCUGUUCGUUCCCGAUGCCCAGGCGCGUCAAGCCAUGGCCCAAGCGGGUGAAGUCGAGUUUGCGUUCAGCUUACCGGUCACAGCGACAAAAAUGCUUGCAAGCGCGGACAGUGUGCAAGUGCAAAUUCAAGCAAUCCCGCGCGUUAGGGCACUCAAGCUCAAUGGAGGCCUGGCUCCGCUGGACGAAGUCGUGGUGCGUCAGGCCAUCAGCUACGCAAUUGACCGCAAAGGUAUCGCGUCCUCCAUUGUCGGCAAUCCAGACACGGCGGCAUCCCAGUUAUUCCCGGCCAGCCUGCCCGCAUGGCACGAUACAUCGCUCGAGCCUUUUUCCCAUGAUCCUGCAAAAGCCGCAGAAUUGCUGGCCAGUGCUGGUUUCACAAAGGGCGAUGACGGCAUAUUGAUCCGUGACGGCGACCGUUUUGAAAUCGAAAUGCGGACAUAUGACUCGCGCCCGGAGCUUCCCGUCAUUGGCGUUGCGAUCCAAAGCAUGCUCAAGGAAGUCGGCAUUGAAGUCACGAUGAAGCAAGGCGACUGGACCGUCAUAUCGGACGGGCACACCGAUGGAACGCUGGAGGCUGGCAUUGUUUCAGACAGCUUCGUGUACGUUCCCGAUCCAAUCGGAGCCUUGAGCGAGAACUUUUACAAGAGCGGGGGCUUCUGGGGUUCCAUGAACUGGAACAACGACGAGUUUGACGCAUUGGUCGAGACGUAUCAAAGAACGGUUGAUCCGGAAAAGCUGGCGCAGCUUCGUACCGAUAUGGUCGCGAUGAUCCAUGAGGAACAUCCCAUGGUGACGGUCACCUGGUAUGACGAUGUUUAUGCGGUUUCGAAGAAUGUAUCGAAUUUCACGUUCGACGUUUACGAACGAGAUUUCGGCCUCAAUCGUCUGACCUGGGCGGAGUAG